AUGGUUGUCGAGGCAUUCAUUACGGACGAUAUUAAGGGAUCUGCUAUCAUCGCCGAGGUUGAUAUUCUCGGGCCCAUCCUCGAUCGCGACACUUACCGUAGCCUGCUGUCUUGCUUCAUCUCCAAGUUCGAACAAGUCACUAUCCUGGAUUCCAACCUCCUCCAAGGAUUGAUCCAGUUAAUCGAGUGCGUUUCUCAUGGCUCCCUCUAA